AUGGCUGAUGCAGAGCCUCAAGGCGCUGCCUACGAGGAAGAGCAUGUGCACACCGUCUACGAACAGAUAGCCUCACAUUUUUCAGCCACCCGCUACAAGCCAUGGCCGAUAAUCGAGAAAUUCCUCAAAGAAUUACCGGACGGAGCUGUAGGCGCAGACGUCGGCUGCGGCAAUGGCAAGUACCUUGCUGUGAACCCUCGAGUUUUUAUGGUGGCGUCGGAUCGGUCAACCAAUCUUGUAAAAAUCGCAAAACAGCAUCAGCCCCAUGCCAGUAUAGUAGCAGACAUCAUGAAUCUCCCACAUCCAAGGCACAGUCUGGACUUCGCCAUUUCAAUAGCAGUCAUUCAUCACAUAUCCACCCCAGAACGGCGAAUAGAAGCUGUGAAAGCCAUUCUAGAGCUUUUGCGGCCGCCUUCAGCGAGUGAGCCAGGGAGUGGCGGGCGAGCCUUGAUCUACGUGUGGGCGCUGGAGCAAAAGGAUAGUAGGAGAGGGUGGGAUGAGGGAAACGAGCAGGACGUCAUGGUGCCGUGGGUGAUGCGGGCGAAAAAAGAGAAGGAAGCGAAGAAGAAGAAGGGACAGGAAUCUCAAGAAGCACCCAAGGAGGGCGAGCAGCCGCCUGAACAGCCUCAGGACAAGACGUUCCUGCGGUAUUAUCACUUGUAUCGGAAAGGCGAGCUGGAGGAGAUUAUCGAAGAGGCGGGUGGGGAUACGGUCGAGGCAGGUUAUGACAAGGACAACUGGUGGGCGAUUGUUCAGCGGAAGUCCUAG